UAGUACAUAGUUCCUUCUUAUGGCUCCUAGAGAGCAAAAUAAUAAGUUUUAUAUGGAAAAUUAUAUCUGAACCCCGAAAUUGAGUUUUAGGUUCUUUAGUCUAUUUGAAUUGAUGGAAUUCACGGAAAAUAAUAUCAGCACAUCUUGAAGAUUCAGAAAUCAUUAACACGUGGUGUUUUUACAAUUUUGCGCUCCAACACCAUCAAGAGUAAACAAAAACAACAACUCAUGAAGAAAGUGUGAGGCAAUUACCCCCGAGAAUGACAAGUAAGUGUUAAAGCUUCUGCAAGUCUUGAAUUUCAACUUGCGAAAGAAAUUUCUGCAAAAGCUCCAGCAAAAGGUUCCAGCGAAUUAGCUGUAGCAUCACUCCACGAAAAAUUCAAUUGAAUCAAUUCCUGAUGGAGGAAAUAUCGAAAGAGGACCUGGAGGAGCUCCGGGAGAAGUACCUGAAAGUGCGAAAGCUGCUGGAUGAGCCCCAGGACGAGAGCAACCCCGGGGAAGGUCCAGACACAGCAACGAAGAACAAAGCAGUUGGUAUUCUCAAUGAAAUGAAGUCGAAAUUGGAAAAUCUCCUGAACAACUCGUCUUCGCCGAGGAAAGAUAUUCGCUCUAGUCUGGCAGUGGUGUACUUGAAUAUCGGUAUAAUCAACAUCGACAACGAGGAGUUGACAGACGCUGAGGAGCACCUGGUGAGGUGUACGGAGGUGUUGAAGAGCUUGGAGCUGGCCCCAGAGGGCAUUCUUCCUUUUCUCAGCACGAUGAAUCAGCUGACGAUCGUGUGGUUUCUGCGUAGUGAAUUUGAGAAGGCAAAAACAUUCGCUGAACGCGCCGAGAGCUUGUACAAGAGGUACAAAGCCCUGGUGCCACCUGAAACACCAGUUGGUAUGUCCGAAGUAUUUGGGAUAGAUAAUGCUGACGAGCCUGCACCCAGUGAUGUCCUGGAGAAGCUCCACACUCUGACUCUCUAUUACCUCGCCCAGAUCCACCGGUUCUUCAAGGAUCACCAGCAGGCAGCACUCUAUUGCCACAUGACACUCGAGAGGCAGCUGGUGUUUACGGAUUUGAAUUACAUCGACUGGGCACUGAAUGCUGCCACUUUGUCUCAGUACUUCACGGAGUACAAACAAUUCCCACAGGCUCGACAUCAUCUUGCAGCUGCUACUCAUAUCUUGGGGAUUUAUCAGGAGAAUUUGAGGGAAGCUGAUGAAAAGGCCAGUGAGAGUGAGGAGAUCAGGGCUGCCAAGUGGGAGCAAUUCAGACAUCGGAGUGCGGAUGUUGCCAGGUGCUGGGCAAAGUACGGAAUUCUCUUGAUGAGCAUGUCCAGAGAUCGCCUGAUCGACCUCAACGACAGAGACGACGACGAGAAGGAACUUGAGAUAAAUUUAAUGAAAAUCAACGAUGAUCUAGUCCAGACCAUGAAAUUCGAAAAAUUGGAGAAAGAGAUUGAGCCCAUAGAGGAGCAGAUUACAGACAAAUUUCUCCUGGACUUCAACGACGCCAGGAAGGUCUUCCUUAACGUCCAGAAGUGGCUGGAGGAUGCGAAGAAAUAUUAUGCCCUGGAGACUCACGCCUCUGAUUACGUCCACAUCGUCCAGGACGUCUCCCAGAGUUACAAGUACUUGUCCUUCUUCGAGGAGGACGACGACCGACAAGCCAAGAUGCACAAGAGACGGAUUGACGUUCUCGAGGAAGUAAUCAAGGAGUUGAACCCCAGGUACUAUCAAACUGAGUGUCGACAGAUCUGGAUCGAACUCGGGGAAACAUCUUCAGCGAUUCUCGAUAUUAAAUUAGACAAGCUGAAGGCCAGUGACGAACGACCGACUCCUCAUGCCCUCAACAAAAUUAAUCACCUCGCCAAAUCGGGGAUUAACUACUACCAGAAAUUCUUGGACUCGUUGAAGGAAAAUGAGACAUCACCAAGUGUCAAGGAGUUCCCCAAGGAACUCGUGAAACCUGCCCUCAUCGCUUAUUUCCAUAUUGGCACGUUUUACAAUAAAAUUGUCACUCCGGAUAAAUUGGUACAGCUGAAUAAUCUCAAGGCCAGUGUCGAGGCCUAUAAGUUUCUCGUGGAAUAUUGCAAGCGAGAUGAGGAAGCUGCUCAGUUCAUGCAGGCUGAAUUAAAUGUUUGCAAGGAUCUUGUUAAUUUGUUACCAUUAAAAGUUGAUAAAUUGACGCAGUCACUUCAUGCAUCGUAAAAUGUCUAUUUUUUAUUUUUCUUUAGGAAAUAUUUGUGAAUUUUUCCUGAUGCAAAUAUUUCAAUCAUUUUCAAUCGUUUCAGCCAAUAGGAGAAAUUUGAAAAAUCGGUAAUUGGUGCGUUAAUUAAUAUAGUCAUUAUUGGAAAUAUCGGGAUAGAUUCAUUCAAUAAACAAACAUGAUCUCCAAUUUUUUGAAUUUAGGGUUUUCUAAUUUCAUAAUAGGAAUGAAACAUUACG